AUGAGCAGCUCCACGAGGAAGAAGGUGCAGAAGAAGUGCAAGAUCAGAGGCUACACGCUUGAAUUGGACGCCGUCGACGAGAUCCUCUCCUUUGAAUCCGAAUUCAACAACGACUCUGCUUUGGCCGAUCCCGUCGAUCCUCGACCUCCUCGCAACCCAGCCCACUUGUUUCUUUUUCUUCUUUUUCUUGGGAUGGCAGUAAAAGACAAGGAGACGGUGCACCGUAUUGCUACCCGUAUAUUGGGUGCUGAUGCGACCAUCAACGAAACCCCCGACGGCGAUGGUGAUGAUGUUAUAAGAGCCUCUGAUUUGCUCAUAAUUGAUGCCUUCAAGGUCCCAAAGUUCCGAUAUGAUCCCAUCAAGAAGGUUUUUUACAAGCAUACUGGGAGCUUACCCAUUCAUGGUGACGCAUUUUCGAAAGCAGCUCUGUAUAAGGAUAGGUUUCUCUUGCUCUCCCAGAUGCUCUCUGGCCAUAAGGAUUUUUCCAAACCAGCCUUUGAUUCUGAAUUGUCAGAUUUCGGGCGCUGUGAGGUUAUGGCUAUGCCUGAACUCAUAAAAGCUGGAGUUGUGGUUCAGUCAAAUCAAAAGCAUGAAAUCGUCAUUUUUCUUGACAAUAUAUACAAGAUAACUGCAGGAUUUUUUGUAGAGAACACAAUAGUUGCAGAAGGCGAGAUGCUCUUAGAGGGUGUCUUUCAGCUAAUCCAGAGCAGAUCAGUAUAUAUAAAAAGUAAAUCAAGUGAAGUUACUUGCCAUGAGAUUGUAUCAAGCAUCAGGUGUUUAAUUGCGGAUUUCCUCCGCUUGAGGACAGAGAUAAGUCACUCCAAUUUCUUGCAGGACAUGACUCUUUUGGUAGUGUUUCCUAUACACUUCAAACAGCUCAGACUUACAAAGUUGGAAAGAGAAUCAGUUAAUGGGAAUGUUGUCAUACUGUCUGACAUUUGGCUAGACAAUGAAGAGGCUAUGGAAAAGCUGGAGAGAGUCCUAGAUGCUUUUGAGAAUGAGGACUUUGUACUGUGCUUAUUUGUACUCAUAGGGAAUUUUUGUUCUCAUCCAUGUAAUCUUGGUUUCCACUCCUUCUCCAAUCUCAGGUCGCAGUUUGGCAAGCUAGGGCAAAUGAUUGCUGCCCAUCUACGGCUAAAAGAGGGUAGUUGUUUUCUAUUUAUCCCAGGCCCCGAUGAUGCAGGCCCUUCAACUGUUCUACCGAGGCCUUCUUUACCAAAAUAUUUAAGAGAAGAGCUUCAAAAUCACAUUCCAAAUGCCAUUUCAAGUAAUCCUUGUAGAAUGAAAUUCUGUAGCCAGGAGCUGGUAUUUUUCCGUCAGGAUCUGCUGUACAGAAUGCGCCCUUCUUCAGAAGAAACUACUGAUGACUUUGAGCAUUUGGUUGCCACCAUAACCCAUCAAUGUCAUCUCUGCCCUCUUUCUCUUAUUGUACAACCGAUUAUCUGGAAUUAUGAUCACUCCCUGUACCUCAAUCCAACUCCACAUACGAUAGUUUUAGGUGACAGAAGCGAGCAAAAGGCUUUCAAAUACACAGGAAUCACUUGUUUUAAUCCUGGUUCCUUCUCAAGUGAUGGCGCCUUUGUGGUAUACCGUCCUGACAAUCAGGAAGUUGAAUUAUCAUCCUUAUAG